AUGCUGUCAAAGAUUCACCGCGUAGAGCUUGAAAACUUCAAGAGCUACUACGGCAAAGGUGUCAUCGGGCCUUUCAAGGAUUUCACGUGCAUUGUCGGGCCCAAUGGUGCUGGCAAGUCCAACUUGAUGGACGCUUUGAGCUUUGUACUGAGCAGCAGCGUCACACCGGCGCGUGCCUCAUCGAUGCGCGGCAAGGCAUUGGUCGACUUCAUUCAUCGCAAGGCGAAGGCGGCAAGCAAAGGCUGCAGCGUGACUUUAGUAGUGCGCCAUCCGGCGUCGCAGCGGCCCGUAGCCUCCGCUGCGGCGCCGGCUGACGGUGAGUCGGGCAUGAAUGAUGCCGUUGCGGCUGCCGCUCGUCGUGGCACGGUCGUCGCCGACGACGGGGAGCACGUUCACCACAGCAGCACCGUCGAGACCUCUUUCACUCGCCAGGUGGAUCCGCAGGGCGCGGUCUCAUGCCUGCUCAAUGGCAAGCCGGCAACAGAGAAGGAGUACGUGGCCGCGCUUACCCAGCACCGCAUUGGCGCUCGUGUUGACACGUUUCUCGUGUUUCAGCACCAAGUCGAGGCGGUCGCGCAGAAGAAAGGGAAGCAGCUGACGGAGCUACUUGAACAGGUCAGCGGGAGCGGUGAGCUGCAAGGCGAGUACGCGGCCAAGAAGGCGGCGCUGGAGAAGGCGAACGAGGCGCUGAUGAGUGCGUCGCUGGAGAAACGCGGGGCUGCCGUGGCGGUGCAUCAAAUGCGACUGGCCAAGAAGGAGGCGGAGCGCUACGAGGAGCUGCGUCAGCACUUGGCGAGCGUCAGGCAGGAGCUAGCCCUCACCGAGCUCUUUGCCGUCGAAACGGAGCUCGAGAAGCACAAGGCAGAGCUGCAGCAGCGCCGCGACGCUCUGGCGGCGCUGGAAAAGGGCAUCGCAACGGAGCAGGCGAUUCGGGAGAUGAAACGGGCAUACGCGACCCGGCACAAGGUGUAUUUGGAGCAGCUUAAAAGGACGCGGAAAUCUGCAGACGAUCUGCGGCUGAAGCACAACACGGUGGAGCGCAUCAAAGCCGCGCUGGCGCACCUGACCCGCAAGGCAGAGCUGCAGCGGCAGGAGCUGGAAGCGGCGCAGAAGGCGACAACUGUCCGCUCUGCCGAGGCGGAGAGGCUUGAAGGGCAACUGAAGAAGCAAAAAGCGCUGCUUGACACCUUCGAGAAGCGCUGCACCGCUGACGACACGAGGCGAGUCACGCUGGACGCUGUGCUCAAUCAGCAGCAGCUGGACGAGUACCGGCAGCUGCGGAAGGAAGCAGAGUGCGCGACGGUAGUGCUACGACAGCGCCGGGAGACGGUGCUGCGGCAACGCGACUCCGCACAGGAGGCCCUGAAACAGUGUGACAGAGCCACGGAGGCGCACCAGCAGCAGAUGAGGGACGCCAGCCAGGCCAUCGAGGCGGCCGCGAAGUACGGCGCUGAGCUGCAGAGGCGCCGCAGCGAGCUUGAGGAGACGGUGAGCACGCUCAAGACACAGCUCACGGAAGCCAGUACAGACCUUGCAAAGAUGCAAAGGAAAAACAAGGCGCGGGAGGCGGAGUUGGCGCGACUGCAGGAGCAGUUGCAUGACUUGCGCUACAUGAAAGACACAAGCAGGCAGAACUCGCGCAUGGCUGACGCUCUCCAGGCCUUACGCUCCCUCUUUCCAAUCCGCGGACGCAUGGUGGACCUGUGCGCGGUGCCCAACGAUCGGCACCGCAACGCUGUUACGGUGGCCAUGGGCAAAAACCUCGAGGGCGUCGUGGUGGAGACGACCGCGGUGGCGAUUCGCUGCGUCAAAUACCUGAAGGAGCAACGCAUGCCGCCCAUGACAUUUCUGCCCCUGGACGCUGUGCAGGGCAAGGCGGUCGACGACCGUCUUCGCACAUUUGGCGGCACGUGCAAGCCCAUUGUCGAUGUGGUGCGCUUUGAGCCGGAGCUGGAGCCGGUGGUGCGAUACGCACUGGGCCAGACGCUGCUGUGCGACACGGUUGCCGAGGCCAGGCUGGUCGCCUACGGCCGCGACGGGGAGCGCUUCAAGGUUGUGACGCUCGACGGCACAGUUCUCCUGAAGAACGGGUCUGUGCAAGGUGGUUUGGUCUCCGUCCAGAACCGCGCCCGCAAGUGGGACGAGAAGAAGUACGAGGACCUGCGUGUCGCCCGCGACCGCCUGUUGAGCGAGACCGCCGUGGGUGGGGAGGCAGAGCUGGCCCGCACCCAGAUCUCAAUUCGGGACAUGGAGGCGCGGCGCGCGUUCGCGGAAAAGCGCGUCGCCGUAGUGCACGCUGAGCAGAUCGCCAACGACGCCAAGACGCAGCGGCUGACUGAGGAGCUGGAGAAACUUGAAAGCCGCGGAGCCGAUUUCACGACGCGGCACAGCAGCUACGCAACUGAGUUGCAGGUGAUCCAUAGAGAGCUGCUAGAGCUGUCCAAGUCGAUCUCGCGGGUCGAGGGGCAGGUGUUCGCCGACUUCCAGAAGAGGGUGGGAAUCCCCAACCUGCUGUCCCUGGAAGGCCAGCAGGCACAAGAGGCAACGCAGCGCGCGGAGACCCGGCAGCAGCUGCUGCUUGUGAUUCACAAGCUGGAGAGCUCGCUCGAGAUGGAGGUGAAGCUGGUCGGCGACUCGAAGAUCGCCGACUUCGAGGAGGCGUGUGCGCGGCUGAGCAACGAAAGGGAGCAGUGCAAAAAGGACCUCACCGAUUAUAAAGCACUCGUGGAGAAGGCGGAGCGACAGCACCAGGAGAUGCGGAGGACGGCUGCGCAGAGCCGCACGGAGCUCGAUGCGCUUGAGCAGCAGAUUCGCAACGAGACUCGAAGCUCUGAGACUGACUUGGCUCGUGUCGCCCAAGCGCGGAAGAUCGUCACCGGCAUUCAGAUCACCUGCGACUCUCUGCGUUUGCGUCGGCUGAACCUGGUGCGUCGCUGCCAGAUGGACGAAAUCGGUAUUCCACUGAAGCCGGCGCCCAGCAGCGGAGCGAAGCACGCGCGGGGCGAAGAUACGGACGCAGCCAGCCGUGCCUUCUCCGGGCUUUCUGCGCCGCCAUCCCGCCAAAGGUCCAGCGCCGCAGGGAGUCGCACGCAUGUUCUCCUUUCCGAACCGUUCGCACUGCUUGUCGAAGGCGGAGCGAGCCAGAGCGGCGUACGCAGAGGGACGAGCACCGCAUCCCCUCCUGCCCUCUUCCCCACCCUCGACUCAGAGACGGCCAUGUGUAUCAACUUCUCCUCGCUCACGGAAGCACAGCGGGUGGUAGCAGAGGACCGAGCUCAGUUUUCCGCAUACAGCCACCGCACUCAGGUGCAGUUGGAGGCACUUGCCGCGGAGAUGGAGUCGCUGGCGCCAAAUAUGAAGGCCGCCUCGCGCGCCAUGGCAUCGGAGGAUCGUCUGGGCACGUCUUCGACGCUGCUCGAGGAGGCGCGUGAUGUGGCCCGUGCGGCAAGCAGGGAGUUCACCCGUGUCAAGGAGCAGCGCACGGCGCGCUUCAUGGAAAUAUACGAAAAGGUUGCAGCCACAGUGGACAGGGUGUACCGCGAGAUUACCAUGGGCACCCGCGCCCAUGCAGUGCACGGCUCGGCGUACCUUAGCCUGGAGAAUGUGGAGGAGCCGUACCUGGGUGGCACCACCUACCACGCCACGCCGCCUCUCAAGCGCUUCAUGCCGAUGGCGCUGCUCUCCGGCGGCGAGCGCACCAUGGCGGCGCUGGCGCUUCUCUUUGCGAUUCACGAAGUCUCUCCGACGCCCUUCUUUGUGCUGGACGAGGUGGACGCGGCGCUAGACGCCGGCAACGUCGAGAAGCUUGCGAGCUACCUCCGUAAGAACUCUCAGUUGUGUCAGCUCGUCGUAGUCUCGCUGAAGGAGCAGCUUUACCACAUGGCAGAUAUGCUGCUGGGCGUCAUGAAGGACAAGGAGAGGGAGAGCUCCAAGGUGCUCACCAUGGACCUGCGUGGCUACCCGUACUAA